AUGUUACUAGUUAAAAGUAAUACUUCUAUUUAUCCUUUAUUAAAAAUUAUUCAAAAACGCCACAUUACAUACGGAACUUCUUGUGCACCCUACGGAGAAAUCGUUGCGGAUAGAGCAGUUCUACACAUGCAAUCAAAUUCGAGAGAAACAUCAUAUACGAGACUUUUGUGCAGCAAGUCCCGCGUUUCACCAGUAAAGCCUAUCACGAUCCCUCGCUUCGAAUUGUGUGCCAGUGUUUUAUUGGCACAGCUUUUGAACAAGGUUCUGAAGUCUCUAACCUUGCCCAUUCAACAAAUAAUGUUGAGGACAGAUUCUACAAUUUUGUUGGCAUGGCUUCAACGGUCACCUGAUCAACUCAAGACUUUUAUCAGCAAUCGAGUUAAAAUAAUACAAGAACUCACUGAGAACUGUCAUUGGAAUCACGUUACAUCUGAUAAAAAUCCUGCAGAUGUCCUCUCUCGUGGUCUGAAUGCUUCGGAAAUUUCCUCCCAUGAACUCUGGUGGUUCGGACCAGAUUUUUUGAAACAAGAAUUGAAUAUUGUUCUAAUAGAUUUUGAAAAACUCUCUUCGGACAGUGAAUUUUUACAGGAACUCAAACCCCCUGCCAAAAUACUUCUAACUUCUUACAAACUUGACUUAAUUGACAAUAUUUUAAAUCGUAGCAAUAAUUAUGCUAAAAUUUCGAAUGUUUUAAGUUAUGCUUUCAGAUUCAUAUUCAACUGUAGAAAUCCAGGUAACAAAAGAUUUGGUAAGUUAUCCUCUAAUGAACUAAAUGAGACGGAGUCCUUUUUAGUUAGAAAUGUACAAGCAUCUGCUUUAAAGGAGGAAAUAAAGGCCAUUUCCAAGGGCAGGGCUUUUUCAAGUAAGAGUAAACUUAACUCUUUAAAUCCCUUUCUUGAUGGUUAUCAAAUUCUCAGAGUCGGUGGUCGUUUGCAUAAUGCUGCUCUGGAUUAUUCUCAAAGGCAUCCAGCUAUACUACCUGCCGACCAUCCUUUCACUAAAUUGUUAAUGACUCAUUUGCAUAUCAAAAAUCUCCAUUUAGGACCUCAAGCGUUAUUAUAUUGUACUAGAGAAAGGUUUUGGCCACUUCGUGGUCGAUCGAUAGCUAGGAAAAUUGUUCAUAAAUGCAUAGUUUGCUUUAAACAUAAACCCCUUGUUACAAAUCAACUUAUGGGAACCUUGCCUGGAGAAAGAGUAAACCCUAAUUAUCCUUUUUUGCACUCUUGUGUUGAUUAUUGCGGCCCUUUCCAAAUUAAGUAUAAACACCAGAGAAAAGGGAAUUUCCAACGAAUUUAUGUUGCAAUAUUUGUGUGUUUAGCAUCGAAGGCGAUUCACUUAGAAGUUGUUUCCGAUUUAACAACCGAUGCUUUUCUUGCUACGUUUUGUGGCUAG